GCCUGUUUCCGUCGCUGGUGUCUUGCCAGACGCAUUGGAUGUUGGGUAAUUUCCUUUUCACGCUCGGUGCUACUGUUGAGAGGUUCAUCUAAUAAACGAAUCCGCAAAAAUGGUUGCUCAAAAGAAAUCGAAAAAGACCGCAGAGAACAUUAAUGCCCGCCUGGCGUUGGUUAUGAAGAGUGGCAAGUAUUGCCUUGGUUACAAGCAGACCCUGAAAACUCUGAGAGGUGGCAAGUCGAAGCUGGUGAUCAUCGCCAACAACACUCCACCACUCAGGAAGAGUGAGAUAGAGUAUUAUGCUAUGCUGGCGAAGACAGGAGUCCAUCACUACACCGGCAACAAUAUUGAGCUGGGGACGGCCUGUGGGAAAUAUUUCCGAGUCUGCACACUCAGCAUCACUGACCCAGGUGACUCUGACAUCAUCAGAAAUAUGCCUUCCGAGCAACAGUCACAGGGUGCUGCAUAACGUGUGAACAGCUGUGUACAGAAAUAAAAAAAAACUGAUCCCAAUAA